AUGCACAAUGAGCGUUUUGAGAAGUAUUACAAGGCACAGAAGAUCGUCUCUGACGAGGAGUGGGAGCCGUUCAUGGAAUCCUUGCGGAAACCGUUGCCGACUACAUUCCGUGUUGCUGGAAGCCGACAGGCGGCCAGGCUUCUGAACGACACCAUCAGGGACACAUACGUCCCCCAUCUCGCCGAUGUCGUCUUCGAAGGAGAAUCAGUCUCGCCGCCUGUACAAUUAUCAUGGUAUCCCGAAGGUCUGGCCUGGCAAUUUGAUGUGCCCAAAAAAGUGCUACGCAAGUCCCCGGAAUUUAAGAAGUUCCACAAUUUCCUUGUCUUCGAGACGGAAGUGGGCAAUGUCUCCCGUCAAGAAGCCGUGAGUAUGCUGCCCCCGCUAUAUCUCGAGGUCGAGCCCCAUCAUAGGGUCAUUGACAUGUGUGCGGCCCCGGGCUCUAAGACGGCACAACUUCUUGAAGCCCUCCACGCGCACGACUCAAUCACCUCAUCAUCCUACCCCACCGGUCUCCUCAUCGCCAACGACAGCGAUCACAAGCGGACGCACAUGCUGAUCCACCAGUCGGCCCGCCUUCCCUCUCCUGCACUCAUGGUGACGAAUCAUGACGCAUCCAUCUUUCCCGCAAUCAAAAUCCCAUCGGAGCAGACGACGUUCCCAUCGAGCACGAAGCCACGCGUCGCAGCGAAAAAGCAGUAUCAGCUUCUGUUCGACCGUAUCCUCUGCGACGUGCCGUGCAGUGGGGAUGGGACAUUAAGGAAGAACCUCGGGAUUUGGAAGCACUGGCAGCCCAUGGAUGGCAAUGGUCUUCAUUGUCUUCAGCUCCGCAUUCUCCAGCGAGCUAUGCGAAUGCUUAAGAAAGGCGGACGCAUUGUUUACUCUACUUGCUCUCUGAACCCGGUGGAAAACGAGGCUGUCAUUGCGACCGCUUUGAUGUCUAUUCCGGGCUUCGAACUCAUUAACAUGUCAAAUCACUUACCUCGUCUCAAACACCGUCCCGGUCUGACGACUUGGACGCCAACCGUAGAUCGUAACAUCACGACAGAUUUCGUGACGUACGAUGACUAUGUCAAGUCUCUACCAGAGGACAAACGCGCGGAAAGCAAGAUGCUCGAGUCUCACUGGCCGCCAUCAGCCAGCGAAGUCGACAGCCUGAACUUGACACGAUGCAUCCGGAUCUACCCUCAUCUUCAGGACACUGGCGGCUUCUUCAUUGCGGUCCUUCAGAAAGCCGAGGAUGACGAGGUUCUGGAAGAGCCCGCCACAACCACAGGCGUCGCGUUGCAACCGCCCGCUUCAUCAACAGAUCCUGCGCAGUUCAAGCAGCAGCAGAGAGGGAAAAAGGGCAAGGGCAAGGGGUCUGACGGAGGCGGGACACACUUUAACGAAAACCCAUACACCUUCGUCUCCCCUGACGACCCGCUCCUCCAGACAUGCAUCUCGCAGCUGCGCCUCAAGCCCGACUUCCCCGCCUCCAACAUCCUUGUGCGUAACCCCGGCGGCGAGCCCGUGCGCUCGCUCUACAUGACGAACGACAUCGUCAAGCAGAUUGUGUUACACAACGACUACACGCGCAUGCGCCUCAUGACGUGCGGCACGAAGGUGUUCGCGAAGCAAGAGGGCGCCGGUGCGAAGCGGGAAGGCGCGGAGAUGCAGUUCCGCGUGCUUAGCGAAGGCCUGCCUGUCGUGCUACCGCACAUCGAGCCCGAGGCGAUACUACAGGCGGACGUCGCGACGCUCAGGGUCAUGAUGGAGUCAUACUACCCGCUGUGUACGAGCUUCCCGGCUCCCUUCAAGAGCUUGCUGCAGUCGAAAGCUAGCAGUAGAUGUUAUAUCGUGCGCUUCCGGCCGGGGCAAGCGGACAACGUGACGCUGACGCACGAAUUUGUGCUUCCUAUAUGGAAGUCUAACAAGUCAAUAACACUGAUGCUCGACAAACGGGCAAAAAGGUACGUCUUGACCGCGUUUGCAUGA